AUGGACCCCUCCAACCGCGAUGACCCUCCAUCAUUCACUCCCUCUUUCACUCAAAUGUCCACCUCUUCUUCUUCUUCUUCUCCACCACCUCCCCCUCCAACCAUCGAUCCUACGCCUUGGUCCGACCACCUGAACUACUCCUCUACCGACGCGACUCCUCUGCCAGCUUCCCCUCCCGCUGCGUCCUCCUCGUCGCGACUAUCCCCGUCGAAUGCGCCCCCGCGUUCGGAGCUCUCCCAGGCGCAUUCGGCCCCUCGACGCACUACCAGCUCCAACUCUUUGCGAGAUGAGUUUCGUCGGUCUACUCCCAGUUUGAAAAAGCGCUCGUCUACUGCCUCGCUGCGAUCGAUACAUCACGGAAGUGGGGGGUCCCCGCGUCCUACUCUGUCGCGACAGUCUUCGUCGUCCACUUUCGCGACCUCCCCUACCGCCGCGAACACCCCAAACAUGUCGCUCAAAAAGCCCUCUUCAAAUGCUCCGCAUGAGACCCCCCAUCCCACCGCUGCCUCCAUCGCCGCCGGCCACUUCUACAAGGAGCUGGGUCUACACCAGUCCGCGGAUCUACACUCCCAAACCGUCGUUGUCCUUCACAACGCUUGCUACGGCCACCGUUUCUCGCGUCCCCGGUCGACGCGCACAACUUUGAACUCCAUCGUGGAGAGGCCGGAACGGAUUCAAGCUGGGGUUCUAGGUGUUUCCGCUGCCUAUGUCCGCUUGGCGCAUAGGUAUACCGGUGGCCGCUUUGUCCCGCAUCCGGAUCUCAACCCGAGCCAUCUGCCCGUGCCACCAUUUCAGAUUCGGAGGACGGAGCGGACCAUGUCUCUCAGCUCUCCCGCUGUCACACAUGUGCAUGGGGCGAAAUGGAUGGAAGACCUGAAGAGCAUGUGCGAUGCGGCGGAAUCCCGUCUGGCGAUGAAUGGUAAGGAACUGACCCGACCCCGCAGUGCGGGCAAGGACGGCGCCGGCGUGAAUGCGCCCGCGCUUCACGAAGGAGAUCUGUACCUAUGCUCGGAGUCCUUAAACGCGUUCGAAGGCGCUCUUGGAGGCGUUUGCGAAGGCGUCGAUGCCGUCCUUGGUCCUAGUUCAGCGACGCGCGCCUUUGUGUGUAUCCGGCCCCCGGGACAUCACUGCUCGUCAGGCCAUCCUUCCGGGUUCUGUUGGAUCAAUAAUGUCCACGUUGGCAUCUCCUACGCUGCCAUGACGCAUGGCCUGACGCACGCCGCAAUCCUGGACUUUGAUCUGCAUCAUGGCGAUGGCUCGCAGGAGAUUGCGUGGGACCAGAACCAGAAAGCGAUGACCGCUCCCAAGAACGCGGCCAGCUACAAGAAAGCCAUGACGGGUUACUUUAGCCUUCACGACAUCAAUUCUUACCCCUGCGAGGGCGGGGAGCUGGAGAAGGUACGCAACGCGAGCGUCUGCAUCGACAACGCGCAUGGCCAGUCCAUUUGGAACGUUCACUUGGAGCCGUGGAAGACGGAGCGGGAAUUCUGGGAGCUCUACGCUGCCAAAUACACGGUGCUGAUCGAGAAGGCCCGCGCAUUCUUGCGUCUGCAUACAGAGCGCCUUCUCGAGACGCCCCAGGGGCCUCGGCCCAAAGCGGCCAUCUUCAUCUCCGCCGGGUUUGACGCCAGCGAGUGGGAGAGCGCGGGCAUGCAGCGACACAAGGUCAACGUCCCGACCAAUUUCUACGCCAAGUUCACCGCCGACGUAGUUCGAAUGGCGGCCGAGGAGGGCCUAGGAGUCGACGGGCGCGUCAUCAGCGUCUUGGAAGGCGGUUACAGCAACCGGGCUUUGACAAGCGGCGUCCUGAGUCACCUUUCGGGAUUGAGCGACUCGAGGAUGGCUGCUGACAGCGCAGAUGAUCAGCAGAUGAAUCGGUUGGCCGCCGAGAUGUCGGAUCGUCUGGGAAUAUUCGAUGCUGAAUCAGGACCGAAUCCAACUACCCCGUUACCACAGGCCGUCUAUGACAGCGACUGGUGGUCCCCCGUCACGCUGGAGGAGCUGGAAACCUUAGUGUAUCCUCCGCCAGCACCGGCCAAGUCUCGCGAGAAAGCAGCGUCAACUUACUUCGCACCCACGCAGUCAUUCACCGCGAAAGUGGUCGCCACGCCGCGCGAUCGCAGGUCCAACGGCUCGCAGAUAAGCGUGGACCACGAGGCGCCACCAUUACCCCCGGUGGGCUGGGCCACCGCGACGCAUGAACUGUCGAAGAUUCUCAUCCCCAGCGAUCGACAAACCACCAGCUGUCGGCCUGAGGAGCUCAACGCCGAAGCGUCACGCUUGCGGCGGGAGCGACAGACGACCAUCGACGGCGCCGGCAGUGCUACAGCGCCAACCGCCCCCGAGGCAAACCGCAGGAAGCUCCGGGAGAGAAAACCCAAGACUUCACUGCCGAGCACUCCCAGGGUGCAGACCCCGAAACGACAAGCGCCGCGGGACAGCCGCAGGACGACGAUCGACCCCGCCAGUGACCUCCCAGAUGCCACCAAGGACGAGGCCUCGCCCGGUAUGCGUCCGGUCCGCAGAAAGAGCGCUACUUCUGCUUCUACGUCUGCGUCGACACGACCACCGUCUGGGGACCACGUCGUUGGAGAGCCUGCUCCAAGGUCGUCGUCAAGCGGGUAUGGUCGCCCCGGAACUGCAGCGAGCGGUCGCAAAACGAGCAGCUCGCGACCUACCACCCCGAAACGCCCCGCCAGUCCUCGCAAGGCACCUCCGGUUCCUCAAGUUCCGUCCAGCUUUCUUUCAUCUGUGGGAUCUGGCGAGGGAGCGCCAAAAUUGCCGAGCGAGUCGACCGGGGCGACUCCGCCAAAUGACAUGGACAGUCUAGCGGCUGGAGUGCGCAAGCUGAACAUUAAGUUAAAGGUGCCAUCUCCAGAAGAGCACGCUGCUCGCGAACAAAAGGCAGCCGACGAGCGCAAAAAGCAAUUGACCAAGCCGGCAAAGACCCUUAAGUCGCCCGGACUAACUCCAGGCAUCAAAGGAUCACAUCCAUCCACGAGUAAACCGGCCUCGCGCUCGUCCUCGGCCCCCACUAGCUCUCGGGUCGGUCCCCAUACUCUUGCGUCGCAGCCCGCACCAAGUAACGCUGUCAGAACGGAGGAACCGGGACAUCCAAUGGCCUCGCCAGCCGUGGUUCCGGAGGCAACAAUGGUCCCGGGAUCGAACACUGCCUCCGGAGGGUUCGGGACGACCAGUGUUGCAAAUCAGCAUGGCUGGACCGAUCUUGAGGCGGUAUCCAACCCAAAGUCCUCGCAGGUGCCCUCCACCACGACGCCGGGGGACUUGGUCCAGGUCGACGGGUCCCAUUCGACUCUAUUUUCGCCGCCGACCUCUGCCGGUGUGAACAAGCACGGACUGCCUGUCUUCACGUCCAGCAGCCCGAUUCCCUUUGCGUCAACGAGUAGUACUGCUCCGCCCAGCACAUAUGAGACCUCGGAGCGUUAA